CGUUUGGCAGGUUGCUUUACAUGCUUCUGCCAGCCUGACGAACUGCUUUGCAAGCCUGGACUGCUCUGGUGCUAUGCGCAAUAGGCCGACCUCUAGGUGCUUUAGCCGAUGAAGGCCGUUUCAGGACAUAGCCCGCAGGCACAGCUGCAAGCACUUGCUAGCAGCGGGGGAACCGAAGAUGCUGUCACGCUGAAUUCGAGCUUCUUGGAGUUCCUAAACGACGAGCUCGUUUUCGGGUCAGAGGUCUUGGAUGCUCCAACUUUAGAAGCGGUCUGCAAGGUGGCGGAUGGGCAGCGGCAGGUACCGUGUGGUCGUGGGGACGCAAUCAAGCCGUCCCUUUCGGCCGCUCAGCCAGGUCCGUCAGUGCAACCGACAUCGACGCAGGCACCGAAACGGUCUCAGGAGGAUGCAGGGCUCUCAGAUUCUGAUGAAGAUGAUGAGCCUAGCAAAGGCGAGAAGUCUUCGGGCAAGCGGUCGAGAGGGGGAGAAUUGAGCGCUGCGGCAACCAAGAAGGCCUGCCGUGAGAAAGCUAGGCGUGAAAAACUAAACGAACGGUUUCUCGACCUGGCGCGGCUGGUGGACCCUAACAGCGAGCCUAAAACGGACAAGAGCACGAUUCUUACCGAUGCAAUUAAGUACGUGCAGCAGCUUACUGUUGAGAACCACCAGCUUCGGCAGCUGAACAAAUUCCUGGAGGAGCGUGUUUCCACUCUUGAGCGCGAGCGGGGCCAGCAGCUUUACCAGCAAAGCCUCAUGAUGAACGCCAUGGGGCCAGCGCCAAUGAUGGCGGCUGGGCAGCCAAUGCUCGUGGGCGGAGCCGCGGGCAUGUUGGCCGGCCCAAGCGCAGGCAUGCAAGGAGCGCCCAUGGGUCACCCGCUACCCGCCGCCAACAUGGCAUCGACCAGCGGCGCGCUCUUGGCCUCCAGUAGCAUGCCCUCAACAUCCACGCCGCCCCUUUCCUCGUUGUCUAGCCAGCAACAGCAGCAGCACCCACACCCGCACUCGCUCCCGCAUGCGCAUGCGCAGCAGUCCGGGCCAGGCGGCCUGAUGGUCCAUGCGCACCAAGGGGGAGUCAUGAUGGCGCAUGGGCCAGGACCGAUGCUGGCGCAAACGCAAGGCGGGCUCUUAGCGCAGCAGGCGGGCGGUGGGAUGAUGAUGCAGGCGAGCAACAGCAUGAUGGCGCAGGGGCCGGGGAGCUUGUUAGCGCAGUCGCAGUGCGGCAUGAUGACACAGGGCUCAGGCGGGGUGAUGUCGCAGGCGCCAGGGGGCUUGCUGGCGCAGGCGUCAGGCCCCAUGAUGGUCCAGCUGCCCGGUAUGUCUGGCGGCUCGGCAGCAGCAGCGGGAGUGGGGAUGGGCGGUGGUCCGAUGAACUCGGUCGCAGCUGCAUCGGGCGUGACGUUCCUGGGCGGUGGCUCGGGUGCCGGGCCCAGUAAGCCCAUAGUGGUGAACUCUAGACCAGGGAUAUAUCCGGGCAUGUACUGGCUGCCGCCGCAGCUGACGGACAGCACGCAGGACUCGCUUCUGCGUCCGCCAGCGGCGUAGGCGGACGCGGGACAUUCGUGUUGGGUUGGGCAGUUGGUGCUAGGGCAGCAGCACUGCUCUGCUGCAUUAGAGCUGCCAGGACGGUGUGACUGUGGGGGCGUGAUAGGGUUGAACGCAGAUAAAGCUACAGUAGCGGCGUUUCGGAACGGGGGGACGGACUUCGGACAUUAACGCACAUGCUCUGCGGCAGACGUUGCAUCCAUCCUUUGGCCGUCAUGGUGCGGGUUGCCGUGGUCGCCACUAAGAUCCGAUCGGCAGGUUAUAAACCUUCGACGCUUUCCCUCUUCACAGCGUCGUCCUUAGAGCUGCUGACGACUUUGUUAACUCAUGUACAGUUAUUGACGGGAUCUAAGUGUGUGGUGGGUUCUGCAGACUUCUUGACGUUUCAGGCAAGGUGUACGGUUGGCAUGUGAAAGUAUGAAGACAUGUACGUUUUCCGCAAGUUUUGUGCUUCCUGCGGAGUUGGUAGAGCAGAGUUUGGUGGCAGCGUGAGCUUGAUGGGAGGGAUGGCGAACUAACUACCUGCUCCCUGGCGUGUUUUGGGUUGGGACGCGAGCACGGCGCACAUAGAAUGUCAAUGAUGCUGGAUAACGUGCACAACGAAAACCAACAACGCCGCUGCUGGGGGUGCAGGUGGGCUCUCGUGCGUUUUUGACUCCCAUGACGACGUUUUCUGUUAAGUUGCGAUGCUGAGAAAGGGCGUCUCGUCGUAACGAAUGCUGCUAUAUGAUGGCUCCCAUGCAUUGACGGCUAGGCUUGCCUAUAACUGAGCGGCAGCCGUCUGGAGAACUCUUUCACUCCAUCUUUUUAUGCCUGGUGGUCCGAACCGGCGCUUCCUUGCAGCGGUUGUGUGGGUACGUGUGUUUCUUGUGCUCGUGUGUGUGACGGGUUGUGCAUGGAGGAUGUCGGUGCGUGUGGUUUCGGGUGUGUAUGUGUGUGUUGUGCCUCUGCCGCUGCAGGUUUGCAUAUGUCUCAUGUGCCCGUAAUACGUCCCCCCACCCAAUGGGUGGUAAGCAUGGCAAGGCAUUUUUGUGUAUUGCAUUAAUUGUACUAUUGCAGCGGCUCGCGAUUGUUCGUUGAUAGUAGUGGAUUCUGGUGCGACCUUUCCGCCGUGUUCCACGCCUCCUCCUGAACUCCGCCACCUUGUAAAUUUAGCCUAUUGGUCUCUUUUA